UUUAUUAACUGACUUCUCCCUAAUUGUCCCCAGACAGCGCCCCGGGCACUUUUUGGCACACAGGAGGGAAACUCGGGGAAAGCUGUCGGUUCCACGGGCUCCGGGCGGUCCCGGAGCGGGAAACGGGUCUGGGACAGCCCCAGGGGCUCGGGGCGGGCGGGGCUCCCCCCGCAGCCUCAGCCCCGCCUCGCUCCCCUCAGCCGCCGCGUUCGCCCUUUCAAGCAGCGGCGUGAGCGGCGGCUGGGGCGGCAGCCGCCCGUCCUGCCCGCUGACAGCCGCCGUCUCUCGGCGGCCGCCGCUGCCCGAGGCAGCUCUUCCCCGCCGAGCCGAGCGGAGCCGGCGGCAGCGACAGGCGGGGGAGCGCUCCUCGCCGCUCCGCCUCCGACCGCCGCCCGCUGCGGGGAUGUGUGAUUGCCAUGGCGAGGCGGCUCUUCCCGGGGGCCUGGCUGAGGAAGCCCCACUCCGCGCAGGUAGGCCGGCGAGGGGCCGGUGCCGGCGCCCGUCGCUCCCCGCGAAGUUCCCUCCGGAGCGGGCGCCCCCCGCAGGGCUCUCGCCGCUUCCCCCGGCCCGGCGCGGCCGCCGCUCCCCUCACGCCGGCGCCCGGCCGCGGCUCGGCUGCGCCGCGCUGCCGCUCGGCCGGCGGGAGGCGGCGGCGCCGGGCACGGCCGGCGGGUGUCGGGGAGCGGAGCAGGUGGCGGCGGCCUCGGGGCCGCGGUGCCUCUCGCCGGCCGCCCGCCGGUGGGAUCGGGCCUCUCCCGCCGCCUGCGGGCGCAGGACCUGUUGGGAGGCGGGCGGCCCGCGGCUCCCCGGGCUCAGGCGCGGCCGGCGGGGCAGCGACACCUGCGGCGCUGCCGCGGCCCGGGAGCGCCGGGCUGCGCUCCGCGCCCCCGCUCUACACCUGUGGCCCGUGCCGCAGGCAUCCAUCCUGUCAGCGCACGGACCGCCGCUUGCAGGAGCAACUCGUGCCCUUUCUUGCUUCUCUUCUAAAAAAUUAAUGUCGGGCACUUUGCUGCUCCAUGCAUUUCCAUAUAUGUUCAUCUUAACACUUUUGUGUUUCUCUAUGCAGGUCCGUCUGUCGUAUGUGCGGAUCAAGUAUCUCUUCAUCUCCUGGCUGGUAGUGUUUGUUGGCAGCUGGAUUAUGUAUGUCCAGUACUCCACCUACACAGAACUGUGCAGAGGACAUGACUGUAGGAAAAUAAUAUGUGAUAAAUACAAGACUGGUGUUAUUGAUGGGUCAGCAUGUAGUAGUCUUUGUGCUAAAGAAACAUUGUAUUUUGGAAAAUGUUUGUCAACAAAGCCCAAUAACCAGAUCUAUUUAGGAAUCUGGGGAAAUCUGCAAAGUGUUAUAAAAUGCCAGAUGGAAGAAGCUGCUCAACGUGAUUUUGGUACUGACCCAGAACCAAGGAAGGAAAUAGUCCUGUUUGAUAAACCAACAAGAGGAACCACUGUUGAGAAAUUCAAAGAAAUGGUAUAUGGUCUUUUUAAAGCAAAACUGGGUGAACAAGGAAAUCUUUCAGAACUGGUUAAUCUCAUCCUGUCCUUCGCUGAUGGAAACAAAGAUGGAAGAGUCUCUUUGCCAGAGGCAAAAUCUGCAUGGGCACUCCUGCAGCUAGAAGAGUUUCUGUUAAUGGUGAUCUUGCAGGAUAAAGAGCAUACUCCCAAGCUGAUGGGUUUUUGUGGGGAUCUCUAUGUGACUGAAAGAGUUGAAUAUACCUCUCUCUAUGGAAUCAGCCUUCCAUGGGUUAUAGAACUCCUCAUUCCCUCUGGCUUCAGAAGAAGCAUGGACCAGUGGUUCACUCCGUCAUGGCCAAGAAAGGCAAAAAUAGCUAUAGGGCUUUUAGAAUUUGUGGAAGAUAUUUUCCACGGACCUUAUGGAAACUUUCUUAUGUGUGAUACAAGUGCCAAAAACUUGGGAUAUAAUGAUAAAUAUGAUUUGAAAAUGUUGGACAUGAGAAAAAUAGUGCCAGAAAUUAAUUUGAAGGAAAUAAUUAAAGAUCGUCAGUGUGACUCAGAUUUGGACUGCAUUUAUGGUACAGACUGUAGAACACUAUGUGACCAAAGCAAAAUGAGAUGUACCACUGAAGUGAUUCAGCCAAACUUAGCAAAAGCUUGUCAGCUCCUUAAAGACUAUCUGCUUCGUGGUGCUCCUUCUGAUAUCCAUGAAGAACUAGAGAAACAACUGUACUUGUGCAUUGCCCUUAAAGUCACAGCAAAUCAGAUGGAAAUGGAGCACUCUUUAAUACUUAAUAACUUAAAAACUUUACUGUGGAAGAAAAUUUCUCAUACAAAUGAUUCCUAAUUUCUCCACCAGCAGAAGAGAAUAUUGAUGCCUGCCACAGAGGUGGCCUAAGACCUUUGAUAAAAACAGUCUGCACCUUUUUAAAAAGAUAUUUCUUUACUCAGAUUUUAUUAAUGGUUCUUUCAGUCCUGCCCUUCAGUCAGUAACUCAUGACAGGGCUUCUCAGAAAAGGAACGUGCCACUGAAUGACCAGGCAGAGGCCAGGAGGCUGCCUGGUGUUCAGUGAUGUGUUAUGGAAACAAGAACUCUGCAUGCUUGACUGUCCUGUGCACUUUGUCAGGUCUUGAACAGGAUGAAAGUGUUCACUGUGCCACCACAUCAGCUGAGGGAACAUCUUCCAUUUCUGUGACAAACAUUGCUCACUUGUGAAAUGCCUGCAGAGGAUUUUUCUCCUGAGUAGCUUCAUGAAGAAUCACCACUACUGCAAGUAAUGUGUCCAAGUCCAAGCUGCUGUUAUGAAUAAACUGAACUGUGAGACUGAAGUUUACUAAUACCUUGGCAUGGCAAAAUUUGCACAUUAAAUGGUUUUUAACUGUGGAAAAUUAGAAUUUUAUUCUAUAAGAGGUUCUAAUAUGAGACAAAUCGGAUUCUGUUUACACAUUGUUACCUCAUGCUUACGUCUUGAAUGUUUAAGUAGUUCAACAUUUUUAAUUAAGUCGUUGUGUGGUGAGCCCUGUGGGAGCCAAAAAUUUUAGAAUAUUAUUUCUUAAAGUCAUUUAUAUGGUUUAGCAGCAAUACCACCAUCUGUUCCAAAAACUUCAGUGGAAACCUUUAACCCAAACUAAGCUGUAGCAAAUAGUAAAAAGCAAGGACUUUGUGGAGUAAGCUAUAGUAUGAAAACUGAAGUUAAUUUUAAAAAAUAUUGAAUAGUAGACAUGUCCAAGCAGAUAAAAAUGAAGUUUGUGUGGUGCAGGAAUCUGCUGUAUGACAUGAGAAACAAGUUGUGGAUAAUCUUGUCUCUUUACUGUCCCUCCACAUUAACUACAGACCUGUACUUCAAUCUCCUUAACUACUGCAGGAAAUAUGUAAGCAAGAGCUAGACUUGAAUUUUAAGACAGAAGCUGGAUUGUUCAGGAUUGUGCAAUAUUGCUCAAACGGGAGCCUGUGAGAUACUUUCCAGCUCAUUCCUAGCUAUUACUAAGUGAGAUGCAGUGUGUUACUAUUCUUUUUUUUCUAGUAGCAUCUAUGAGUCACUGUUAAAACUCAAGUCAUGAGUAAACAUCACCUGAUCCUGGCACUCCGUCUUUCAGAUUUACAUCUGUUUGUGAUUACACAGAAUUGGAUGUCCAUAAUACACCUGAGUACAUGCUCAGUACUUACCUGUUGAAUGUUUAAUUUAUAAAUGCUUUAGGUAUAAAGUUGUUCGAUCUUUUUGAUUUUAAUGGCAGUUAUCUGUACAAUUCUGAAUUCCUGGCCCAUUAAUUCAUUGUCAGCAGAGGUAAGAGCAAGAUUUAAGUAUUUGAAAGGUUAACUGCUCUAGGUAUCCUGUCCUAAAUGCAUUCCUAGGAUGAUGACACAGAAGCACAGGACCACAAUACAGUAAUUUCUCUAUACCAGAUGUAAUAAUAUGCAGCUUGGGUUGAGAUUGUUUUGUGAACAUCAGCCUUUUAGUUUAAGAAACACUAUGCUCAUGCUAAUUAUUGUCUUGAACUUGCUAAUGUGCUCCAACUAUGAACUAAGUAUCUGUAACCAGCAAUGCACUAAAAGUGUAAAGUGGUCAUGUUCUUGGUGAAAAAAAUCUGACAGUGACUGCUAUUUGGGCAGAGAUUACUUAAAAUACCCAACAUCAUUGGGUAUCUUAACAACUGGAGAAUAUGUUUAAUAGUGCAGUUUGUUGUAUAGAAUCUUCAUUUUUAUUACUGUGGCAUCAAAUUGAAGAUUUCAUUGGAAAAAAAUACACUUUUGUUUACAGU